ACCUAUCAGCUAUCGCCCGGAAGAAAUCAAGGCGAUUGCGGUUAAUUUCAUCCGCAAUCUCUCUGCAAAUCCUCGCGGAAAUGGGCAACACAUCGUCGAUCCUCACUCAGUACGACAUCGAAGAAGUACAAGAGCACUGUAACCACGCCUUCUCUCAGCAGGAGAUCGUUUCUCUGUACCAGAGAUUCUGCCAGCUCGAUCGCAAUGGCGGCGGUUUUAUCUCCGCCGAGGAGUUCCUGUCCGUACCGGAGUUCGCUGUUAAUCCACUCUCUCAGAGAUUGCUGAGGAUGCUAGAUGGAUUGAAUUUCAAGGAAUUUGUGGCAUUCUUGUCUGCUUUCAGUCCUCGUGCAAAUUUGCAGCAGAAAAUUGAAUUAAUCUUCAAGGUAUAUGAUUCAGAUGGUAAUGGGAAAGUUACCUUUGCUGAUAUGCUGGAUGUUUUGCGCGAUUUGACUGGACAAUUCAUAUCUGAGCAACAGAGGGAGCAAGUUUUGACUCAAGUUCUUAAGGAGGCAGGCUAUACAAAGGAUUCUUUGUUAGCUAUAUCAGACUUUGGAAAGAUUAUUGAGAACUCUGAAUUAAAGAUGGAAGUUGAGGUGCCAGUGGACUAAAAUGAAGGAACCAUUUUGAUGCUAAAAUUUCUUACCGAAUUGUUUGACAUUGUAUCAAGUCAAUCUGAAAUUGCGGUUAAAAAGUCUUAUUAUGUAUUUCAAGCUCUAAUGCAUUUCUUGUAAGGUAUCGAACCGUAACAAUCUUAAGCCUUAUUUGAUGCCCCUGAAGUGACUCAAACUGUUUUUCAAUUUAUCACACUGUACCUUCACUUGAGCUACUGGGAUUUUACACUGGUGUUUUGAUGAAUGGAUUUUACAUUGUUUGGUAGGAGUAAAAUGGAGGAGGUAAG